CAUUCCUAGUUUUUGUGUUGAGCAGGUGCAAACGACAUAUUGAAGUAAAUAAUUAUAUGACGGGCCUAAACAUUUUAAAUAUUUAUGGACCAACGCAAUGUACAGUGUUACAUUCCUAAAUUAUCCCUAAUGCUGGACACUAGUUUUUAGUAAUCCAAACUCCACUGAUGGUCACCAGUGAUGGUCACCAGUGUUACUUUAUCUUUUGUAUUACUUAUGCUUUCUUUUAUCAAUUCCCACUGCUACCAGUUUAAAUUAAUAGAACAAUAAAACAAGUACAUUUAUAUUUACACUAUAUUCACAACACAAAUAUUAUAGUCAGUCAUAAAUUAUACAAAUCCUCACCAUUGUGAAGUCAAUCUCUCCACUCCAAACUUAUCUCUAACAAUAAACUGUAAAACUACACAGAUCUACAAACUACAACUGAAACUACUAUUAGUAUGUGUUCAUCCUAAUUCUCACGUUAAGUCUAACUUUGUAACUUUCCUCAAUAUAUCUAGAUCUCUCUACUUGGUCUCCCUAACUCAACCUCUUUCCUCAGAAUCCUCAAUUCAGCUCUCCCCCCUAAUCUUCAAAACUGGAAUACCUUAUUUUCUAUCGCUUAGCAAAUUCCUGCUACAUUUGAAACUAGCCAUGAGCCCUGCUAAAUUUGACUCCAGCGGUCAGCUACAGCACACACACUGACAUCACAGACCGGAACUCCCCCACCCCCUCUAGACUACAGCUGGUCACACUAAUCUACAUAUCCCAACCUACUACAAGUAUAUAUGGCUACUUAGCUACUAUCUUCAAAUAAAACUCUGACUCUGAACACGAGCCAAGGCUAAUAAAAUGCGUAGCAAAUUAUUUGUUCACUUUUAACAAUUAAAUGGCUAAUAAAUGCAUACCAGUGACUGUGAAAACCCGAAAAAAUGUAUUAGGGUCGGCAUGAAAAAUAGGGUCGGUCGGGAAACAGGAAACACAGCUAUAUGUUUAAGUUGGCCUGGUAGUCCUGACAACACUAAGCAAUACAUUACAAUGCACAAUAAUGUCCAUGCACUCGACUGUUUCGUAAAGAUUAAAUCCCGCCUACUUUUGUAUGUCCACUGCCUUAUACAGAAUAGCGUCUAUACGUGCUUACACCUUAAGGAAUUUAUCCUCUCUCAAAGGAAAUAUUCGAAAAGAGAUAUGAUUCGGCCUAUUGAUAAUGGAACAGCGUACCUCAGUACCUCCGUUGAGUGUACGGACGUGCCCAUACUUGCGCAUUGUAAUGUUUUGUUUGGCGUUGUCAGCAAAAGCCUUGUUUGUUGUCAAUAUUGUGGGGUCAGUAUAAAAGCAUAAAAGCUGCGGCGAACCGUCAUAGCCCUGUUGAGAUUCAGAGAUCUAUAAGACAGAAGAUUGAUCUGAUAUCAACACUGUCAAAAUGGCCCAGAAGAAUACUGAACAACACUCAGAAAUGAAGAAACUCCAAGAUGCUAUUGACAACAGAGACGCCGAGGGAUUCAUAAAUAAUUUCGACAACUACAAAAAAAACCCGCAUUUUGAAUCAAAUGUGCGCAAUUAUCGUUGUCAUUCAAAACAGGAAAGGGGGAAUAUUGAGAGCAAUAAUACGAUUCUCCAUUACGCAGUUGAACGUUUACAGUUUGAAGAUGGGAAGGACAACGACAUUAUAGAGAAGAUAGUAAAACUGUCACCUGAUCUUCUGGCAUGUGGAAAAGUAUCUGAAGCCCAUAAAGGCCAAACACCCCUCCAUAUCCUCAUUGUCAGGAAACAAAAAGUCACGCUUAGAAGAAUCAAAGAUUGGAUAUUGUCUGAUGAACUAAAAAUGGGCGAUACUGUAAGAAAUAACAUAUCCAACCCUAAAGUUGAAGGUAACUUGUUCGAGAAGACUAUCAUGAAAGGUGAAUUGCCACACAUUGUGGCAGCACUCACACUAGACAUAGAGAUAGCCAAAAUUGUGAUAGAGAUGACUAGUCAGAAUAUCAAGGCGAAAAACAGCAACGGAAACACAGUUUACCAUUGCCUGGUGGAACAUGCUGCAAGAAAUCCGAACGACAUACAGGAAGUGAUUGCAAUGUGGAAAUUUCUUGUCCGUUAUCCAAACGAAAAGGCCGACCUCGAAAAGGCCGACCUCAUAGUAGAAGCACUUGACAAAAAGGGGAUGAGAGAAACCAACAAUGACCACCUGCGACCAUUACAGUUGGCUGCUGACCUUGGGGUAGCUGAUCUUUUCGACAUAAUACUGAAUUUAGAGAAGAUAAAAAAUGAUGACGAAGGACUUUUUGACUCGGACCUUUAUGAUAUAUGUGUAAUCGACACCGUGACUCACUUCAAAGUUCAAACAGUUAACAAAAAGAAUCAUGAGAACAACGAAAAUGCAAAGCGAAAUCAAGUAGGGCCAAUCGAAGCAGGAAACAAGGAGGACAAGGUCGGCAAAGCAGUCACAACCGAAAAGUACAAGUGGAGUCAGAGUGUAUUGGAGAUGGUGUGCAAUAGAAAGGUUGCCAGAGACAAGGAUUCUGUCUAUCAAAUAAUAAGACAACCUGCGGUGAAGAUGCUGAUUAAACUGAAAUGGGAGGAGAGUCGAAAGGCAGUGUGUAUAUUGGCACUUAUUCAUUUUUGUUUAAUGGUGUGGUAUAGUGCAUAUGCGGUAGUAUGGUCGCUUGAAGCUUUCCCCUCAAACUCAACCAACCCUGCUACUACAGAUUACCAGAGAACCUUCAUGUUUGUCAGCUCCAUCCUGUGCUUUGUAGUCGGUGCACUGUAUUUGAUCAUAACAGUUUUACUGAUUAUAUCUCGAUGCAUACGCCCAAAUUCUUUUGAAUACUUCACACACGAUCUUGAAUACAUCGUUUUGCUGUGCUU